AUGAAGUUCAGCUCAUUGAUAGUGCUGAGGCCUGUUUGUUUCUUCAUUGUUCUGGUCAGAAGAGUUGAAGAUGAAGUGAAAUUGAUUUCACACCAAAUCCACCAAAACCUACUCUCAGAAAUUGAAAAUAUAGCUGCGGUGUUUAUUCCGAUGAAUUCAUCGGCAACCAAUUUAGUGAGAGUUUUUAGUUCAUCUAUCGACGAACCCGAACUUCCAUUCUCUAGUAUUGAAACCAAGCCGGUAAACCGGGACACCGGGAAGCUAUACGGUGAAGCUGUGGAGUCUCUUCCAUUGGUUACAGUUAAGGCAAGCUGGUUUCAAGAAGCUCUGAAUAGCACAAAUGGGAAUGCUUCAAUAGGAACUGGGUGGAUUAACGGUCAAGAUCUUCUGUUCCUUAACACGGUGGGUAUGGAUGGAAGAGGAGCUAUCUCUCUAGGGUUUCCAGUGAAAUCAGUAUUGGAUUUCUUCUCCGGUGUAAGUCGCAAUGGAGGAAGCUUGUAUUUGGCAACAAUGGAUGGGAAAGUACUCGGUGAAGGGAUCCCAAAUACCCACAUGGUUCUUGUUGGUAAUUCGGUUUCAAUUCAAUUGCUGAAACCAAACGGUGAUCAAAUAGGCCAGGUUGGUAAUGUUACAUGUGAACCCAAUGAUGGUGCCUUAAGAGCUUCUAUCUUGAACAUUUGGGAGAUGAAGUUUAUGUUUUAUUGCUCACCGAUGGAAAUCCAAAUCCUUGGAGUGCAAUCGGUAUAUGUGUUGGCUAUGGCUCACAAGGGACUAAAGAGUGUUAUAAACAAAAACAUCGAGUUCGCGUUCAUGCUCCUUAAGCUGAUGAUUGGUGCAAUGGUGCUCUCCAUUUUCAUUUUUGUGUUCUUCGUUGUUAGAGCAGCCAGAAGAGAGAUGUAUUUAUAUGUUGCACUCAUAAAUCAAAUGGAAGCAACUCAACAAACAGAAAGAAAGAGUAUGAAUAAGAGUCUCGCCUUUGCAAGUGCCAGCCAUAAUGUGCGUGCUUCUCUAGCCGGCGUAACUGGCUUGAUAGCGAUAUGUCACAAUCAAGUCUCUCCCGGAUCCGAGUUGGAGACAAACUUAACACCAAUGGUAGCCUGCACAAAGGAUCUUCUGGGUAUACUGAAUUCUAUUCUUGAUACAAGCAAGAUUGAAGCUGGCAAGAUGCUACUUGAAGAAGAAGUAUUUGACUUGGCACUGCUACUUGAAGAUGUAGUUGAUUUAUAUCAUCCUCUUGGUAUGAAAAAGGGUGUAGAUGUGGUGUUGGACCCCUAUGAUGGCUCUAUUACAAAACUUUCUCAUGUUAAAGGCGAUCGGGGAAAACUGAAACAGAUAUUAUGUAACUUACUGAGCAAUGCUGUCAAAUUUACCCCUGAGGGACAUGUUUCUGUUCGAGCUUGGGCAAGGAAACCUAGGUUUGAAAAUUCGAUACUCGCUUCUAAUCAAAACAAUUCAAUAGGAUGCAUAUCAUGCUUCUGCUUUAAGAACGAUAAAUCAUACAAUGACUUGGAAGCCAUGAACAACACACUCCAACAAGAUCCCAAACACAUGGAAUUUGCAUUUGAGGUAAAUGACAAAGAAAAGGGAAUUCCUAAAGAGAAGCAAAAAUCCGUUUUUGAAAACUAUGUUCAGGUCAAAGAGACGGCUCCUGGACAAGCAGGCACUGGUUUAGGGCUUGGUAUUGUUCAAUCUCUGAUACGUUUAAUGGGUGGAGAGAUAGGAAUUCUGAACAAGGAAGUUGGAGAAAAGGGAACUUGCUUUAAGUUCAACACCUUCCUCACUGUAUGUGAGACCGACACAAGUGGUAAUGAAAGCGAAGAUGACAAUGAGUCUCAUGGUGGCUACAUAUCCAGUGACUCAUAUCAACAUUCAGGGCCAAAUAAACCAAGUGCUCAAAGCAUUAAUGCCCAGGGCCUUGAUAAGGACAAGCUACCUCCUACAGAUCUGAUCAUAUCUAAGCCAUUUCAUUGUUCUCGUUUGUAUCAAGUGAUCAAUCUUCUACCAGAGUUUGGGGGAAUAACGCCCGCGACGCCACCAAAAAUAGAAGGAGAAAACACAAACCAUUCUGGCAAAGUUCCCACAAAAUCCAGUACUUCAGCAAGUAAGACUCACCUGAUGCCGAGAUUAAGAUAUUCUCGGGCUCAAAACCUCCCAACACAUCAAGGGGAAAUAAAAGAACUUGGCGACCCAAGCACUAAUAAACCUGAUGUAGAUCGUAUUAGAGAAGAAUUAAGGAUGAGAAGGGAAGAAGAAAGGGAUGAGAAAAGAAUAAGAGAAUGA